UUGCAACAUCCCAGGAUCAUGCCCACUCGAACCCCGAUAGCGGUUUCGCUUUUUCGGGCAUAGAUGAUUUUCGUUUCUGAUCGCGGCGAAAUUGAACUGUAUCUCUUACUACACGCAUCCUUUCUGGCGGUGGCUGCAAAAUGUCCCUCCUUCACAAUGAAGAUUUCACCAUCUGGCAGUUGCGCACUUCUUAUCUGUCGACUAUCAAGGAUGGCAUCGGCGAUAGGCUCAUCAACGUGAACAAUACCGUGCUCAACACGCCCGGAUUCCGCGCGGCCGGCUGGUCGUCGGCCUCCACGAACCCCAACGCUGCGGCCAACAUCAAACGAACCUAUUCACCGCCGAUCCCUACUACGGCUGCGGUUUCGUCGGAGUACUACCAGCUGGGUAUCGCCAGAGACGCGAACGAGACACAAAGGCUUGGGUUAGUGGAUGAGGGCGAAGAUGACGAAGGAGGCAUGGUCACUGGGAAGAGCCACGUCGAUGUGAUUGGGCGCCGAAACCGCGGGAAACGACCGCAUCGAAGAGAGCGACAGCAACAGGAUCAUCAGAAACAUCGCGAGGCCGAGGAAGACGACAGUAGUGACUUGAGUGAUGAAAGCGAUGAUGACGGGGACAGUGCUCGAAGUGCUGCGCAUCAAAUCAAAUUCACGAAGAUGCCGAUACGGACAAGAGCCGGCUCGUCUCCCAUACGUUCAUCAAGUCGACAGGAAAGCCCCCAGGUCAUGGUCACGUCUCCGUCUCACCCAACCAUCGGCACCCAUUAUCGCACUGGCUCGCUGGGGACUGCGGUUAGUAGCAUAAAUGAGCGCCCGCGGCGAGAUACAACUACGACCGCUAGCAGUGAUAUCUCUUCGGACAAUGACCUGGAUGCAUCGGCCUUCAAGAGGCGGCAAAUCCAAUUCUCUGGCCAGGAUCAGGUGAUAGAGCCCGCGAGGAAACGAUAUGGGGGGCCGGGCACAGGGGAUCUUGAAGAACUGAACGAGCAGGCUGAAGAUUCGGGCGCUGAAUCCGUGGGUUCGGCCCUGUCCUCGGAAUUUGACGCAACAGCGGGUUCAGCAUCGCUUCUGGGUCUAGGAGGGGUCGGGAUAACCGGUAGCUUGAAUUCGUCCUCGCCGAUGGCUAUGAUGCACAAAUUGCAGAAUGGCACCGGGUCACAAACGGUAUCCCCGAGGAAGCCCAAAACCCCAGCACCGGAAUUACAAGAUCUCCCUCCGCCACGUCCGAUCAGUACGGUGCAGCCCGUCAGUCUGCUCUCAAAGGCGCUCAAUGCGCGCAAGCAGGCGCCAACGAAUCCAGUCGAGAAGUUUGCGGUGCUAUCUGGCGCAGGCUUGAGUGACGUCCUCAACAUCAAGCUCUACCUGCCAUUCUCCGCCGACCCCGACGAGCCACUCGACCUGCCCAUUACUCGCGAGUCGAAACUCGCUGAACAACCAUCCCCAGCCACUGUCGUCGAAGCGAUCGGCUUGGCCCUCUGGAGAUAUACGGAGGAAUCCCGCGAACCGUCCAUCGACCGCAGCAAGCUCACCGUCAACAUGUGGACGCUUCGAAUGGUGGAAGAUGGAGAAGUCGAAUACGAUUUCCCCGCGCUCGGUCGAGUCUCGCCCAUCGCAGACUUCACAUCGAAUAACAAUCGGGCGGCUGGGCGUCGAACUCGAGGGAAGCAGUACGACGAGUUUGCCCUUGUGGAGGCCACCAAGGCGGAAUUCGAUGAAAACGAACGCCAGUUCCCCAUGUUCAGUCUGGCAGGCCCCUCGGAGGAUAGCAGCGAACCAGUUACGGCGUCACCUGCUCUGCCCGGCCAGUCGGUUCCUCAGAGCAAGACGUCCCGCCCGAAUCCCAUCCUGGGACAGCCCUUCUCGUCGGCUUUGAACGACAACACGCUUACGCCUGCAGACCGGCCUGCCAUGCCUACGUCCCAUGCCACCCCCCGACUGGGCGUGUCCAAGACAUUGAAGAUCCGGUUCAUCACCCCGGAUGGUUCGGCGCAGAUGAUGAGUCUCAACACAUCGACCGACAGCUACAUCGCGGAGGUCCUCGAUGCCGUGUGCAAGCGAUGGGGCCUGGACAAGGGGAACUAUUUACUCAAGGUGAUGGGAUCGAACACGAUUGCGCCACUCGACCGGACAGUGGAGGCGCUGGGCAACCUCACGGACCUGGACCUGGUGCGCCGACGAUUCGGGCCGUUGACGGGCUCGCCCGGCAGCUCGUCCCCGAACGCGCCGCUGCUCGUGGACAGCACCCCGGCGCCCAGCAAGAAGGGGAAGAAGAGCGGACAGCGGAUGCUACACCCACUCACGCAGAAGCAGGACCUUAUUGGCGGGUACUAUCGGCGGUACUACGUGUGGCGCAAGCAGUCGAUGUCCUUCACGGCGUCGAACCACCGGAUCCUGACGUUCGACAACGACUACAUGCACAUGAUGCCGGCGGACACGGGCAAGACGGGGUCGGAGACGAAGACGCGGUCGAUCAGCUUCAGCGACGUGGUGGGGUGCAAGGUGAGCCGACGGCACCCCAAGAACUUCCGGGUGGUGGUGCUGCGCGGCAACGAUGCCAACGAGCAGAAGCGGUAUGACUUCGAGGCCCGCAAUGCUCUGGAGGCGGUGGAAAUCGUGGACGAGAUCAAGAAGAACAUGGCGCACUAUCGCAUCUAAGUCGGGUUCGGGUUAGGACUUUGGGAUUUUCACUACUAUUAUGUUGUUCCAGACGGGAGUGCGGCGGCGUUGCGCGACCAUUCCGGUUAGGUUGGGUUAGGUUAAGUUAGCUUGGGUGGGCGGCGACAUUUUCUUAUUAUUGCUUGCUUGCUUUCGACUGGUUGAUUGAUUGAUUGAUUGAUUGGAUUUGAGAUUCAAUUUGAAAGAAUGAGGAAAUGGC